UUGCGACAUUCAAGUUCUAGCUCGUGCGGCGAACAGGACCAUGAUCCACAGCCUCCACCGCACGCUCAGCUUUUUCUUGGGCUUGCUGUCGCUGCCAGUUUUAUGUCAAGGAUGGGAAACUGGAAGCGAGUACCUGUACGAUUACAGUGGCCUGUUGGUGACUGGGAUCGAGGACGCACAUCAUCAAUCUGCUGCCGUUCAAAUCAUCGCAAAACUGACGGUGCAAAGCGUUGACGACGAAACGCUUAUGCUAAAGAUGUCCGAGAUACGGGUCACGCGCGAUGGCAAUUACAGCAGCAGCAAUGGCAGGGCUCCUGAUCCGAUUUUGCUUCCGGUUGGGCUAGCUGACGGAGAGAAAGAGGCCAUCGGCGAUUCACUUCACCUCCUCAGUACUUUUGCUGUCAUUCACAACAAAGGAUCGAUAACUAACCUGGUAGUGGAGAGUGAAGAGCCGACAUGGUCCGUCAAUAUGAAAAAAGCCGUCGCCUCGAAUCUCCAACUGGACGUCUCCGGCGUUCGUUCCGGUUUAGACGGAGGUGUUUUUGGAGAGCGCAAUGCUCCAGCGCUGAGCUCGUUGGAGGACGGAGUGACGGGGGAUUGCUUCACGACGCUGCGAAUCACUCGGCUCCCAUUCUAUCAAGUCAUUCAAAAUCAUGAUUUAGAGGCACAUAAAAUUAUAGGGGAAAUAUGUCGCUCAACUAAAGUUUUUGAAAUAAUAAAAACUAAAGAUUUCGAUCAAUGCCGGAAAGAUCCGCUCAAAAUAUCAUCAAACCCGCAUUCAUCGGCAUCUUUUUUACCGCAAGAUGAUAACAUGUUACAAAGAUUUACCGCUUACAAGUAUUUGGCUUGUGGUGAAUCGUCGGAGAAAAUGACGGUUGUCCGCAUGGAAGGAAUCGGUGAAUUGAUUUUCUCCGGGCCUAUAAAGUUGAAAACUGAGCAGAUCGUUAUUUUGGUGAUUCAAAGUCGAGGACAAAUUCGUAAUUUGUUACCAUCUUUAUCGCAGCCGCAAGUCAUAGACGACUUGACUUUUUCUUUUGAAGAAGACCCAACUGCGGCUAGUGCCAAAGACGUGGAAGCCGUGUUUGAAGCCCUUCAAGAGGUUGGGCAAACUCUUGCGGAAUCAACAAUAUCGGAGGACGACAUUUCCAAGAAACUCAGUAUCAUCAGUCAAAUUAUAUCACGUCUCGAUGAAAGUCAACUGCGUGAAAUCUGGCAGAAAACCUUUCAGCCGGAAAAUGCAACCGUCAGGGACUUAUUCGUCGAUUGCACCGCCGCUAGUGGAAGUCAUACGGCGGCAGUUUUCCUUGUUGAUCUCAUUGAGCGCCGAGAACUUGAGGGAUUUCAAGCUGUCUGGACGCUGAUGAGCUCGGGGCAUUCGAUGCAAUAUCCAAAGAUUCCUACACUACGACGGUUUGUGGGCAUUAUACGGUCCGAAGCGGCCCAGGCUUCGAAACUUUUGAAGCAUACCGCGCUAAUGGCUUCAGCUGAUUUGCUCUACAGAUCUUGCGUGCUAUCGACAGCAAACUGUAAUGCAGAUGCCCAAAUAAUCACAGAGGAAUUUCUGCCGCUGCUUGUCCACGAAUUGGAGACUGCACAGACUGCAAUCGAUCGCUUGGCGGCUAUACUAGCUGUAGGAGCUCUCGGCCUCGACGAUGUCCUUCUCCUCUUAGUUCCAUACAUUCGGGGCGAAGAUGUGACAGCGCGAAUAGCAGCAAUCAUGUCCCUGGAACGUCUUAUGGAUUUUUCUUCCGACAAAGUGACUCCAUUAUUAGCUUCGCUAGCGGAUAACGUGGCGGAACGUCCGGAAAUCCGGAUGGCAGCCAUCUCAAUGCUUCUGCUUCACAAGAGAACUCCGCUGAAAAUUUGGAAGAAGAUUGCUUCGCGAACCUGGUUUGACCCCAGUCACCAAGUUGCCGUAUUUACUUGCGACAUAAUCCGGUCCGUGUCUGGCGGAACCCGUUCUUCUGAAGAUGAAAGCACUUCCAUCAAAGCGCGCUCAGUCAUUGGCCUAGUGCGCCCUGCUUGUUCCGGUCGAUCAGAGUUUGAGUAUUUUGCAUCCGUCAAAGACAACACAGCUGGAUUUUCAUCACUACUGGCAUUCUGGAGAUUGAGAGACUCCUCGCUGCCUGUUUAUCUACAGCAUCAGCUCUUCCGUCAACUCGGGUCGUUCCGCUUGGAUCUAGCAAAGGUAUCGAUCUGGAAUUUUAACAUGGAAAGUGUUUGGAGUCAGCUUCUGAAGCAUGAUGACGAUGAUAUUCAGCAAUCCAGCCAACCGAAAUCGAAUGUUUUCUGGGACCAGCUUUCUUUGAGAUUUCGGACCAACGAUCAACCGACGGUGGGUCUAUUCCAUGCCAGGCUGCUCGGGUCAACCAUGCAGACGCUUUUUAAUCUCCAAGAUAUCGAUCGCGAGUACAUGAUCCGAGAGUUCUUCACUAGACACAUCAAUAUCCGGUUCGUCAAGUUUCAACAGCUGAUAGACAUCCGGACGCAGGUCCCAACCGAAGUAGGAUUGCCAGCGCAAUUCACGUUUUCACUUACCGCUUUAGCGUCAGCUUUGGGUCACAUCCAUCAGCCGGAAAUCAAUGUGACUGCCAGUCUUUACUUGAAAUGGGCAACCGAGUCAAGGAUUCAAUGUCCGUUCAGUGGCCAUCAUGUUGCAACUGGAGUGGAGAAUACAGCUGACAUUCGCGCUCCCGUUUUCUUCAUUUCAAACGGCUCCUUGCUGUGGAUUCCGCCGGAUCGCAUCUAUGAUCUAGCGUACUUUAAUAUCAUGCCACACACGCUCACUAGUCGCACAACAGAUCAUUCUUCGGAAACUUUGGAGCUUGCAAAAGCCAAUCACAUCUCUAGAAAACCGCCAUCCGUAUCUGUCGCUCAACUGAGUCUGAAUCUACGACUAGAGUCGACCAGCCAACUGCCACAAGAAGAUCCCGCAUCCGCUUGGUUGAACAGCUUGAUGAAGGAAUACAGCUGCGAUUUUGGUCAUUUCCGCUUAGAUGACUUUCAGCAACGCGUGUACCGCCUUCGUUAUCUCCCGGAGGGGCCCCCGCUCAGCUCCGUCUCUUUGUCAGCUUCGUUCAAUACGGAGACUAUUCAAGGAAACCCGGACGUCCAGUAUGUUCUUGGGGUCAACGGUUCUAUGGAAUGGGAAGAAGACGGAACUAAUGACACCACUUCACUAUUGGAUAUGAAGGACGACAGCAUUCAUGUUUAUAAAGGAGGAAUCACGGUUCACUACGGCAAUGGCUCCAUGUUAAACUGGGCUGCUGUUGAGGUAGUGGCUCAAAGCCUUUCUGAAAAAAACGAAUGGAACAUUACUGCAUCGGGAUCAACGAUAGGCUUGGUUCGUAACUGGCUGAAUUCAAAGAAUAUCAAAUAUUCACAAGAACUUGGCGGAGACGAAAGGAGCAUAACAUCUCGGGAAGGAUAUAAUAACGCAAUUGAGCCACAUUUUCAUAGAAUCCACUUCAAGCUAGGAGAGUCUGAAGCGCCCUUGCUUCGAUACGCUUCGAUCACUUCGAAAGCAUUCCAAAAAAGUGAGAAAACAAAAGUAAAAAAGUGCUUCAUCCAUUCUGAUCGAGUCGUAACUUACGAUGGUUUAGAGUACAGCUAUCGCAUUAAUGAAUGUCAUCACUUGUUGACGGCGGAUUGCGGACAGAAAAAAGCCAAGUACGCGAUAAUGGGCACAAACGAAUCUCAUGGUAUGGUAGUCCGAAUCACAUUAGAGAAGGACGUGAUAGAUGUUUCAUCAGCUGGAAAUAUAUCAAUUAAUGGAAUAGAGGCCAACUUCACCGCAAGUCGAAUGCGGAUUCACAUGGGAGAAAAAGUGAUUGCGAUUGCGUCACUGGGCAAAGACAAUGCGAUCCACCUACGGUUAUCAGAGGAGAAUCUGGACGUUUUGGUGGAAAAGUCUACCAUUACGCUUAGUGCUGGAGAAAAACUCCUUGGCCGUGCUUGCGGCAUGUGUGGCGAUGGUGAUUCAGAGGUGACUGGGGAAUUCAAGACAAGCAACCGAUGCGCACUUUCAUCUGGUACUCUAAUGGCAGCCAGUUUUCAAAUUAACGUGGGACCGGAGAAUUGCCCUUCAAUGUCAGACGAGGUAUUACAAGCGUUACUGAUGGAGUCAUAUCCUUGCUAUUCUGUGGACGAGCAGGUGGCCUCCAUUCUUCCACUACCGCUCGAGUUCUAGUUUAAAAUUUUAGAAAAAUAGGUGUUGUAAUUUUAAUUCAAACAAUGGUUGUUUCGCCAAUUAAACCAUUUUGUCGUGUCAAUGUCAUUCAUGUACCAAUAGAUAUUUUCUGUACCCAACAUCUACUAUCUCACAAUGAAAUCUCGUUGGAUUUUCCUAUGUUUUAUCGACGUAAGUAGCUAAUUAAAACAAAAAUAUUAGGUUGAACAAUACCUUUAAUUUUUCUACUGCGGCUACAAAAGAAUCAUUAACGACAUUUUAUUUUUUAAUUCUCCAAAUCACGCGCAGUA